CUCACUUUCUCCACACGCUGAAAAGCAUCACGUACCGUGUAGGGUAACUAAACCUUUGUAAAAUUGUGUUUAAUACAUUAGCAUUAAAUUUGACAAGGCCUAAUUAAUUGAGAGUUCACGAUUUACAUAUGUAGAUACGGAACGUAAUAACGGAGUAUAUGACAACAAAAGUGGAAACUGAGAUAACGACAUAUUUACAUAAUUCAGUUCAUAUUUAACACUAAAUCUCAUGGUUAAAUUCAUACUUAUAUUAUGUAAGUUACAUAUGUAUAGAUGUGCAACGCUUGUGUAGUUCGGUACAUGUACAUAUGUAUUUCUGAUUGAAUAGCAGUGCAUACAUAUAUGUAAGAGCAUAUAUACUUUUAAAGUCACGAUUUACAUAUUUAACACAAUCAUGCAAAUAUCAAUCAAGGAACUCAUCAAAGAGUUGGCCACGAUAAGGUCACUAAUUCUCUUUAUCUGUAUCCUCGUCCUUAUAAAAAUUCGCGACUACUCGUCCCACUUGACUUACCUGGAUGGAAACGAAGUCACGGCUAAAGUGGGAUUUCGUAUAAUGAAACGAAGUACCCAACUUGCCCUUGGCGUGUACCCUGGCCACAGUAAAAUCUUGGACAACAUAGAAUAUUUGGACGAAAAAUUGGAUCACUUCAUCGGGACGAACAUUCCAUAUCAAAUGUUAAUGCUAGGCUUCGUAUUUAACGAGACUAGAGUUCGGGCAAGAAGAGUUUUGGGACAAGGACCAUUUUUCGAUAAGCAAGGUGUCGACAUUGGCAGACUUAUUGCCCGUUUGCGAAUUGAGUGCGAAAAAUUCUGGGAAACCUACUACUGGGAAGAGUAUGCUUGGAAUCGUGACUACAUAGACAACAUUUGGCACCUGGAUCAAAAUAAAAUCCGGUAUUACAUGCAGUUGAAUGAUAUCGCGUCUGAAUCAUUCGAGAAAUCGAUGAAAACUGUGAACGACGCGAUGGCAAAAAGACAUUGGCAAGUUCUCUUAGAACUCGUCGACCUGGCCGGAUCGCCGACAGAAGAUGAAAAGAAGGCUGGAUUUGAAGCCAAGAAACUCUAUUCAAAGGACGAAAAUGACAAAAACUUUUAUAAACAUGAGUUUUUCUGGGUGUACGAAAAAAUCUUUAAAGUUGAUUGUUACUUUGAGAGAAAGGAUGCUAUCCCUUAUUCCCUUAUGGGCAAGUGGGACUGGGGAUUUGGUCACGGGGGGCUUAACAGUGGGAUGGAGAAAUAAAUAUGUAAGUAGGCUAAUUUUUAUACAGGAUUUUAUACAUAUUUGCAAAACUAAUUUUAUGAAAGAAUAAUGAUAAGCUGAUUGAGCUCGUUAGUACUUUUUCUUGCAGUAAAAGUCAGAACAUAAGUACGUACAUACAAAUUUAGAUAUAUCGUUUUUUGUACACAUGUUGCUAUUUUUUCUAUAGGUACGUAGAUAUGUAUGUUGCUGACAAUGACGAUAAAAUAUAUUUUACCAUUAAUACCUUGUUUCUGGCAGAAACUUUCUGCCUCAAUUUUCCAUUUAUUUACAAUACACCGUAUUAUAUAGUAUAUUACUUUGAUAGGUAUUACAUACAUACAUAGGUAGGAAAAUUCCAAUAGUGUUCGUACGUUACAUAGUAAAUUUAUUAUAUGUAUAAAUACAUGCUAACUUAAAUUAGUAAUGAUAAAUUUGUAUUUUGGUAUGCAUGCUUCUGUUUAUACAUAUGUACAUAUGCACAUAUAUUCGUCUUGGGUGAAGCUAUGAUGAAGAACAAAUUUAAUAGAAAUAAUUUUGAGUUUUGAAAUUUAGGCUUUAAUUUUUCCAACAUAACAUGUUGGAAAAAUAUUCCGGGCUGCUAAAUACCUUAAGCAGUUCUAAAAUUCGAAAGAAAAUCAGACUUUGUGAAACCGUCGGAAAAUAAAUCACUAAGGUUGUUAGAAUGUAAGGUUCCACCCAUUUAUGUAAUUAUUAGCUCACAUAUUCUUUGAAAAAAACUGUCAAAUAAUUCGCUCAGAGUCUAAAGUAAUUAUUUAAUAAGUAUAUCUGAAUAUUGUCAAUUCGUAUUUGUACACAAAUAUGUUUGUAUUUAUUCUAAGGCGAGACCCAACCGUAACCAUGCACCCAAAAAAAUACGCGCAUGGUUACGGCGAAGCCAUAGUAUGCAGUUAAGUGCCCACCUCAAAACAGUCAGACAAGAUUGUGAGAGAACCGUACGUCGUAGAGACAUGCGGUUUCGACCAAUGGGUAGUAAAUUCUUUGUAGUAUUACGGAUUUAUCUCUGGGCUUAAUCGGUUCAUACCUUCAUGGCGUAUUUCUCGUUUUACUGACUUUUUUUUCUGUAUCUCAAAAUAUCCGGCUGAAAGUGAAAAAUCGGCUCAGGGAAAUCGAAAAGGCUGAAACAAUUAUUAAGAUCAUUCUUUAGGGUCAUGAAAAUCGGAUGCAAAAUGACGAAGUUAUGGAGGUUUGAAAUUUUUAAAAUUCAGUUACAUCCAUAGCAACUAUAGUAAAGAACUUCUUUAUAUGUAUGGGUAAAUUAUGACCCGAGCUAGGGCUUAUAUAAUCGUCACGUCCGUCUGUCUGUAAAUUUGUAAUGGCUCGUAAUGGAACAAUAUGAAUUAAGUAAAAUCGGAAACAUAUUCAUCUGGAGGGACCCGAAAGGAUUUAUUUUAAUCGUCGUAUCGAACCGCAAUUUGUUACAUAUGCUGUCAAUUGCUACUAAUGUAAGAAUGUGAAUUUAAAUUAGAACCAUUAGUUUUUAUUUAAAAAAAUAUUGAUAUGCAUUUAUGAAAAAAUUUCGUGCAAAACUUCGGAUUGGGUGAUAAUUGCAACCUUUUCUUGACUCGGGCACUGCCUGAUCAAGUCUGCACUGUAGGUUUUUACUGACGGAGUUAAAAAAUUGUUCACUUAAAAACGACGAAAUAAAUGAAUGUAAAAAAAUAAAACUAAGGCGAGAGGCGCUAUUAGAAACAAGCCCUCCCACCAACACCCCCGUCUCGCCGUGGCCCCAUUAAUAUUUUUAUAUCUGGGGGGUGGUACCACAAUUUAUGAUUCAAACCUUUAACUACUAACGUAAACUGCAUUUAAAAUUGAUAUAUAGUACAAUCUUAUAUUGCACUGCACUUUUAAAACCUAUUACCUGUAGUUCUUACAUUAAUUUCAAUUUAAACAUGCAGUCUAGCAUUAAUCAACAGAGUCCGGAUAAAUAUAUUCUUAUAAACCCCGAAACAUUUAUCUAAAAUGUUUAAUAAAAGCGACAAAUAUGUAUAAAAAGAUUUUUUAAUUAAAGAUUUUUGAUUAAAGAAAAUGUAUAUAAUAGAACCAAGAUAAUAAAGUUUCAAGUCAAUCGGUA